AUUUGUACCACGUGACAAGAGAGAUGUUUCUCUCGCGGUAGCAGCCAUCAUUUUACUCAACACAAAUCCACCCUAAAUAAAGAAAGAAGCGCGGAGAUAAAAACGAAAAGUCAUGGACUAGCAGAGGAAUUAUCUUGGAGUGGUUUCCUUCUACGCCUUUUGCCUCUUUGAUUUUAUUUACCAUCUUUUAAAUUUUUACAGGUGGGCUUGACCAACACGUGUUGACCUAGUCGCCUAGCAACAGCGGCGCCGUGAGGACGGGGGCAGUCACCUGAUUGGCCAGAGAGAGGCUGCUGUGGGGGAGGGUCCACAGCGUAGGAUUUUUUUUCCCUUUUUUUUUUUUUUUUUUUAUUGAGGCGGGGGGAAAGGUUGCGCUGAAAUCCACCCGGAGCAUGGGGCAGAAGGUUCCCGGAGGAAUCAAGACUGUGGACAUGCGGGACCCUGCGUUUCGGCCGCUGAAGCUGGAGCUGCAGGCCCUGGACUGCACCAAGCCGGCCCGGCUGGACAUGCUGCUGGACAUGCCCCCCGCCGCCCCCGAGGUCCAGGUGCAGCACUCGUGGAACAACGACGACCGCUCGCUCAACAUCUUCGUCAAGGAGGACAACAAGCUGGUCUUCCACCGGCACCCCGUGGCGCAGAGCACGGACGCCAUCCGCGGCCGCGUGGGCUACACCCGCGGGCUGCACGUGUGGGAGAUCAGCUGGGCCAUGCGCCAGCGGGGCACCCACGCCGUGGUGGGCGUGGCCACGGGCGACGCCCCGCUCCACUCCGUGGGCUACACGGCGCUGGUGGGCAACAACCACGAGUCCUGGGGCUGGGACCUGGGCAGGAACAAGCUCUACCACGACGGCAAGAACCAGCCCGGCAAGACCUACCCCGCCUUCCUGGAGCCCGACGAGACCUUCAUCGUGCCCGACUCCUUCCUGGUGGUUUUGGACAUGGACGAGGGCACCCUGAGUUUCAUUGUGGACGGACAGUAUUUGGGGGUCGCUUUCAGGGGACUUAAGGGCAAGAAACUGUACCCCGUAGUCAGCGCGGUGUGGGGUCACUGCGAGAUCAGGAUCCGCUACAUUAACGGACUUGACCCUGAACCCCUCCCCCUGAUGGACCUGUGCCGGCGCUCGGUCAGAAUGGCGCUGGGGAGGGAGCGACUGAGCGAGAUUCACGGACUUCCCCUGCCCGCCUCCCUCAAGAACUACCUGCUGUACCAAUGACGAUGGGAGGAGCGUGCGCGCGUAGACCGCGGCGGGACGGGACCCCCCCCCCCAAACCGGGGCUGCCCUCAUCACCCAGCUAUCCCGGCCUUCCUCACAACACCGUCAUCAGAUCUGGUUUAUAUCGAUCUCUACGACCCCCCUUUGUGAUGACUGCCAUUGACGACUUUGGUGCUGUCAUUCUAUGACGGAUGAUGAUUCCAGACCUGAUGAUUCGAUAUUUUAAUGUUCACGUUGGUACAUGACCAUUGAAAUAUUCCGUUUUAUGAAUGCUGUUGUGUGUCCUGGGUGCAGAAAUACCUACACUGUCAUGCCGUUAUGAUUCAGUAUGAACUCCAUAAACUAGUAAAUCCCAGGCUGUGCGUCUUUAUGAAUUGGAACGAAAGAAGAACAAGGCAUCGGUAAAUAGGCUGUUGAAAAAAAAAAAAACGACCCUCUGUUCCUUGCAGUCACUCUGGCAGAGAACAGAGAGACUUCCUGUAUUUAAUUCUUUUUUUUUUUUUUUUUUUUAAAGCGCUGCGCCAAGGUUUUUGCAUGGGAGCCAUGUGCAGCCAGGAGACCCACACACACACGCACCCCAAACCCACACCCACAUACAUACACACACACACACACACACACCAAACCCACACCCACAUACUCACACACACACCCCAAACCCACACCCACAUACAUACACACACACACCCCAAACCCACACCCACAUACAUACACACACACACCCCAAACCCACACCCACAUACAUACACACACACACCCCCCCCCCAAACCCACACCCACAUACAUACACACACACACACACCCCAAACCCACACCCACAUACAUACACACACACACCCCCCCCCCAAACCCACACCCACAUACAUACACACACACACACACCCCAAACCCACAUACAUACAUACACACACACACACCAAACCCACACCCACAUACUCACACACACACCCCAAACCCACACCCACAUACAUACACACACACACACCAAACCCACACCCACAUACAUACACACACACACCCCCCAAACCCACACCCACAUACAUACAUACACACACACCAAACCCACAUACACACACACACACACACACACUCUAACCUAUGCACACAUGCACACGCAGAUUGCUGUGGCUUCAAUGCUGUUGAGGAGCUGGUCCCCCUCUUCACUUCAAAAAGCGUCAACGCUCGUGUUUUUACUUUCAAAGCGUGGGGUGCUCUAUGCGCACACCGCACCAACACAUCAGGUUUCUUACUGCAAUAUCUCAAGUGCCUGUUUCACAGAGUACUGGUUAAAACUGAGUUUUUAUGGGGAGAAAAGUUUCAUGUUUUAAAGUGUAUUCUUUAAAUGAUCACGUCACUGUGAUGGGCUCUGUACCGUUUUACCCAUCAGGAAGUCUUACAGCUUAUUUUCUUUAAACUCCUUUUUAUUUUAAAUUUGAAAAAAAAUGUCUGUACAUUGAUCUGAUCAGAUUGUCCAAAAAUGUGUGUGUGUGUGUGGGGGGGGGGGGGGGGGGCGGGUUUGUGUUUGUACAUGAUCUAUGAAGAUUAUUUUAACGGAGGCUGAGAGGGAGUUGGAAACUGGGUUCAUGGCGCUAAAAUUUUAAACUGUAUAUGUGGUGAUGCUGCUGUGUGGUGCCUUGUUCAUGAAUCAUCCAUUGUAAUUUCUCGUUGGGAGACGAUGCUGGGUAAUGGUGACAAUGCAAGGAAAAUGAUGUGCAGCCCUUUUUGACUUAACACAGAGAGGCUGAGACUUGCCGAGAUGUGGUGUUUUUUUUUUUUCUUCGUAGACUUUCUCUUAACAAAUUUGUUUUUAGAUUUGUGCGAUUGUAGUCAUCUGGCGUUCAUUUCUGUUAUGCAUGGAUGCGGAGUGCUGCUCUUUCUUCCUUUCAGGCCUGCACAGUAUCAUUUUCUUUGUAUCCAGUGCUGUAGAUAAUGUCGGUAACUACCUAAUAAAGUUUAUUAUAAAUUA